AUCUUGUAGAAGAGGAAGAGCAAUACUAUUUAUUAUAUUGUUAUUCAUGAAAUCUAUUAGUUGCUCUCGCCCAACGGCCGUCCUGAUGUAAAUGUAGAUUAAGGGUUUCGGUUGCCAUGUGCAACAGCCAAUCCAAACUUUAUGACAUCGAUGUCCCCACUAUCGUCGAACUACACAAUACUGGUUUGACCCCAGACCAGACCGUUCUCUCCACCCUGCAUCUUAGCACGUUGUUGGUCCCGACUAUCUUUCUUCAACGUAUCCAUUCUUAAUCGCAAAGAUAUCGCAAAAAUGCCUCCCACUCGUCGUCGUGGCGGCCAGGCUGCGGCCACCCGCUCGAACCAGGCUACCCUCUCAUUCGGAUCUAAGUCCAGGGUUACCAAGCCAUCGGUGACACCGACGCAAACGCAGAAGACCAAAGACCUUGAACCGCUUAUCGCCUCUAUUGCCGAGAAAACUCCAGAGCCUGAACAAGUGUCGGUUACACCCACUGAGCCUUCGCAGCCGCAUGUGGCGGAGCUUGCUGUGAGGCAACAAGCUCAGGAGGAAAUUGAACAGCCCUUGUCGAAAGAAGACAAAAAGGCGAUCAAUAUUACCGAGAAGGACCUACAGCAAUACUGGAGGAAAGAGGAAGAAAAGAUAAGGGGGCCUCGGUUUCACCAGCAAGACCUCACACUACAUGAAAAGAUUCUUCGACAUUUCGAUCUUUCCAGUCAAUUUGGGCCUUGCAUUGGAAUUGCUCGGUUGAAGCGAUGGAGACGUGCGAAUUCUUUAAAUCUCAACCCCCCAAUUGAGGUCUUGACCGUACUACUCAAACACAAAGAUGAUGUGAAACAGAGGGCAUACGUCGACGAGCUUCUGUCCUGAGCCACCAUUCCACUGUACAAAUAGCCUUAUCAGGCGCUUGGAUGAGUAUCGAAGGUAUAUGGCAUUGGGUUUAUUAUUCGGAGCAGGGCGUUGGGAAAACAUUGUAUAUACAUACCCUCGAUUGCGGUAACUUAGGUGUUCACAGUAUAGGUGUGACCCAAGUUACAACGGAUUUGGUCUUUCACUUUCUCUGACAUUGCGCAUCUACUCAUUGAUAG